CAUUAUUGUUAUUUUCUGAAGUGAAGGACUAAACAAGUAAUCGCACUUUUUAAAUUGACAAUUCAAGUUUGGAACCGUAAUGAUACGAGAUGAAAUCGAUAAAAAUCAAAACUAAAACGCGCACAAUCAUACACUCAGUUGUCAUAAAUGCAGAGGAAAGGGAAGGCGGUGGUAGUGGGCGGCAGCAUAGCAGGCUUAUCCUGCGCCCACGCGCUCAUCGCCGCCGGCUGGGAGGUGGUGGUGCUCGAGAAAACAACCUCUCCUCCCACUGGUUGCGCCACCGGCGCCGGCCUCGGCCUCGACCCUCUCUCUCAGAAAAUUAUUCAAUCCUGGCUCAAACAGCCCGAAAUCCUCGACCUCAACACCUUGCCCCUCACAAUUGAUCAGAACCAAGUUACAGAACCAGAUAAGAAGAUCAACCGUGUGCUGACAAGAGACGAGGACUUCAAUUUCCGAGCGGCAUAUUGGUCCGAUCUGCAUAGCCUUUUAUACAGGGCAUUGCCCCUGGACAUCGUACGAUGGGGGCAUAUGUUCGUCUCAUAUAGUUCUUCUGAUGAUAAAACAUUGGUGAGAGUAAAUAGUAAAACUCUCGAAACAGGUGUAGUUGAAGUUACUUGCGAUUUGCUUGUUGCAGCUGAUGGUUGUCUCUCUUCAGUACGUAGGAUUUUAUUCCCGGACCUUAAAUUAAGAUACUCAGGUUAUUGUGCAUGGAGAGGGGUCCUCGAUUGCUCGGGCAAUGAAAAUUCAGAAACCUUUGGAGGGCUUAAGAAGGCUUUCCCCGACCUCGGGAGGUGCAUAUAUUUUCACUUGGGACCUAAAACUCACAUUGUGUUUUAUGAGCUGUUAAACAAUAGGAUCAACUGGAUUUGGUAUGUCAACCAAGUAGAGCCUCAACUUAAGGGAAACUCAGUAACAAUGAAAGUGAGUGAUGAUAUGGUGUGGCAGAUGCAAAAAGAAGCCGAAUGCUUCUGGCCACCCGAGCUCGUUAAACUGAUACGCGAAACGAAAAAUCCGUUCUUGAAUGUUAUAUUUGAUUCUAAGCCCCUUGACCAAAUUGCUUGGGACAACGUUGUUUUAACUGGCGAUGCAGCCCACCCAACGACACCUCACGGCUUGAGGAGCACCAACAUGUCGAUUCUCGAUGCAGCUGUUUUAGGAACGUGUCUCGAGAAAUGGGGCGUUGAGAAUUUGAACUCGGCGCUCAGAGAUUACGAGUCGACUCGCCUCCCGGUUGCCUCAGAGCAGGUUCUGUUUUCGCGGUGGCUUGGCAGAAUUAAGCAGGGUUUGGCGGGCCUGGACAAUGAUGGUGUUGGGCCCUUCGACCCGAUUGGAGUGGGCCCGGAGGAGUGUGCGGAUCUACAGCAGAAAAAUAUGCCCUUUUUUGGAGAUGUUCCUACUGUUCUGAGUGAUGCGGUACAGUUGGAGGGAAAAUAAGUGUGUUCGUUUCGAAGACUCGAACUGAUGUCAAUCGUGUUUGUUACAUCUUAUAUUUUGCUUUAACUAGUGAAAACAUUCAGUCAUUCUCACCUUCAAAGGUGUAUUUUGUAACUAUGGAAACCUCUGAAGUUUAUGUAAUUUGUCCAAACCUCAGAGCAUAUAUUCAGUUGCAGCAAUUUAGUGUCAUACAAAACAUAUGAUCAGUCAUGAAAGAUCUAUGUUCUCAUAAAUCCAGGAUGAG